UCCGGCUCCGUUACACCCCAGAUAGAAGAGGCUGCUCCCUCCGGGCGCUGCCACACUGCGGAUGCUGCCCUCCUGACCGCCCUCCGCACCGGGACCCAGGAGACUUGCUGAACCAGGAGCACCCCAGGGAAGCUGCCUCCUGCCUGGAGAGUCCCGAUGGAGCCGGGUGGCGGGGCGGGCAGCGUGCCCGGCACUGGGGGGGCUGGUGGCAUGGCCCCCCCUGAAGCAGGCGGCAGCACAACCGAGCCAGUCCCAGCGGCUGCCCAGGCUGCCCAGCCCCAAGGGGGGACAGUGCCGGCUGCCACCAAGGUGCAGGACGGAGGGAAGGACGAGCCCAGGCAGGAGAAGGCUCCGGCUGCUGCUGUGGGGCAGGAUGGGGCACAGGCAGAGCCUGGAAAGGAGAAGGCUGCAGGAGAAGCUGGAGGAGGGAAAGCUGAGCCUGUGGGGGAGACAGCCCUGAUUGCUCCAGAGCCUCAGGAUGGAGGGAAGGCAGCGCCAUCAGAGGCGGCGGCUUCAGCUGCUCAACAUGAUGGAGGACAGGCAGCACACACGGAGGAGAAGGUACCAGCUGCUGCCAAGGCCCAGGAUGGAGGGAAGGGUGAGAAGAAUGAGUCUGGGAAGGAAAAGGCUCCAACUGCAGCACAGCCUGAAGGAGGGAAGGCAGCACCCAUGGAGGGGAAGGUUCCAGCUGCAGCAGAGGCUCAGGAUGGAGGGAAGAAUGAGCCCAGGGAGGAGAAGGUUCUAGCUGGGAAAGAGCCUGAAGGAGGGCAGGCAGUGCCUGUGGAGGGGAAGGCUCCAGCAGCAGCAGAGGCUCAGGGUGGAGGGAAGGAUGAGCCCAGGAAGGACCAAGCCCCCGGUGGGUUAGAGGCUGAGGGUGGUGGAAAAGCAGAGCCCACGGAGGAGAAGGCUCCGGCUGCAGCGGAGGCUGAAGGAGGCAAGGCAAAGCCCAAGGAGGAGACAGCCUUGGCUACAGUACAGGCUCAGGAUGGAGGCAAAGAAGAGCCUCCAAAGGAAAAAAACACGGCCGCUGCAAAGGAGAAGGUUCCAGCUGCUGCAAAAGCUCAGGAUGGAGGGAAGAAAGCUGCAAAGGCAGAGAAACCCCCAGCUGAUAAAAAGCCUGUAAAGGAGAAGGCUCCAGCUACUGUAAAGGCUAAGAAUGGAGAGGAUAAAGCAGCAAAGGCAGAAAAAGACCCAGCUGCAAAAAAGGCUCAAGAUGGAGGCAAAGAAGAGCCUGCAGAGGAGAAAGCUACAGCUCCUGCAAAGGAGAAGGCCCCAGAUGCUGCCAAGUCUCAAGAUGGAGAGAAGACAGCAGCAAAGGCAGAGGAAACUCCAGCUUCAAAAAAGCCUCAAGAUGGAGGCAAAGAAGACCCUGCAAAGGAGAAAACCACAGCUCCUGCAAAAGAGAAGACUCCAGAUGCUGCCAAGGUUCAAGAUGGAGAGAAGGCAGCAGCAAAGAAAACUCAAGCUGCAAAGAAAGGUCAAGAUAGAAGCAAAGAAGAGCCUGCAAAAGAGAAAGCUGUGGCUGCUGCGAAGGUGCAGGAUGGAGAAAAGAAGACUGCAAAGGUGGAAAAAAACACAGCUGCUUCAAAGGCUAAGAAUGGAGGCAAAGAAGAACCUGCACAGGAGAAAGUCCCAGCGGCUGCAAAGGAGAACGCCACGGCUGCUGUAAAGGCUCAGGAGGGAGGGAAGAAAGCUGCAAAGGUGGAAGCCCCCCCAACUGCUGCAGAGGCUGGGAAUGGAGGGGAGGAACCCACAGAGACAGCAGCCAUGGCUGUUGUGAAGGCUCAGGGUGAAGGGAAGAAAGCAGCAAAGGUGGAGGAGACGGACGAGCAGCAGCAUCGGAGGGGCUCUGAGACCCUGCGCCCGGUUCUGCUGCAGAGCCUGAGCUGCCCAGCCACCUGCCAAAGGGAGGAGCAGCCCGGGGUGGAGGCGGCAGCGAUGGAGAUGAUACCAGAAGAGACCACAGCGGUGGAGCAGAGAGAGGGUCCAACAGAGCCUGGCCCUGCCCCACCAGCCCCAGGGGACCUGCAGCCCCCGGAGCCCCCCAUCCCUGUGGGGAGCCCUGGCACCCCACAGGAGAGGACAUUGCCCAGCGUUGUGGGGCAGCCCCCUGAUCCCGUCGGGGCUGCGGAGCAGCCUGGUACUGGGUGGCAACCGUCUUCGAUACAGGCAGAGCCACCCCCCAGCCCCUACCUCACCCCCGAUUUUGGGAAGGAAGACCCUUUUGAGAUAUUGGAUGAUGUCCCUCCACCGCCUGCGCCCUUCUCACACCGCAUCGUCACCCUGCGAUCUGCCAGCGUCAGCUCCCAGUACAACCUCAGCUCCAAGGAGAUCCUGGGAGGGGGCAAGUUUGGGGAAGUUCACACAUGCACAGAGAAGCAGACGGGGCUCAAGCUGGCGGCCAAAGUGAUCCGGAAGCAGGGUGCCAAGGACAAGGAGAUGGUGCUGCUGGAGAUUGAUGUGAUGAACCAGCUGAACCACCGCAACCUCAUCCAGCUCUACGAUGCCAUCGAGACGCCCCGGGAGAUCAUUCUCUUCAUGGAGUUCGUGGAGGGUGGUGAGCUCUUCGAGAGGAUCAUCGAUGAUGACUACCACCUGACGGAGGUGGACUGCAUGGUGUUCGUCCGGCAGAUCUGCGAGGGCAUCCGCUUCAUGCACCACAUGCGUGUCCUCCAUCUUGACCUCAAGCCUGAGAACAUCCUCUGUGUCGCUGCCACCGGGCACAUGGUGAAGAUCAUCGACUUUGGGCUGGCUCGAAGGUACAACCCCCAGGAGAAGCUGAAGGUGAACUUUGGCACCCCUGAAUUCCUCUCUCCUGAGGUGGUCAACUACGAGCAGGUCUCCUACUCCACGGACAUGUGGAGCAUGGGCGUCAUCACCUACAUGCUACUCAGCGGCCUCUCCCCGUUCUUGGGUGACAACGACACGGAAACGCUCAACAAUGUCCUGGCUGCCAACUGGUACUUCGAUGAGGAGACCUUCGAGAGCGUCUCUGACGAGGCCAAGGACUUUGUCUCAAACCUCAUCAUCAAGGAGAAAAGUGCCCGGAUGAGUGCUGGCCAGUGCCUGCAGCAUCCCUGGCUCAACAACCUGGCAGAAAAAGCCAAGCGCUGCAACCGCCGGCUCAAGUCCCAGGUGCUGCUCAAGAAAUACGUCAUGCGACGGCGCUGGAAGAAAAACUUCAUCGGGGUGUGUGCUGCCAACCGCUUCAAGAAGAUCACCAGCUCGGGGUCGCUGACAGCACUGGGUGUCUGAGCAGGGGCCCCCGGGGGAGCCUGAGCCAUGUGUGAGUCAAGGCCAGAGAGGAAUCGCUUGAGAGGGGCUGCCGAGCCCCCUCCUGGGGCCAUGUCCAAGUCCCUCCUCAGUCUUGCUUCUGGACAGAAACAGGACCUUGCUGGGGUUGGCCCCUGCCCACUUCCCACCACAGGGGCCAUGGGCUGGAGCCAUGCAGCCCCCUCCCUGCCUGUGCUGCUGCCAGAUGGCUGCUCUGGACCUUGCAGUGUGUGCUGCAACCCUGCUCCAUGCUGUCACCGCCACCAUGGGUCCUGCUCUGCCAUGGCUCCUGGGGCUGCCACCCUGCCCUGGCACCCAGCAGCUGUGGGACUGCUCGGGGACCAGGACCCCACCAAGUUCCUCACCUGCACCCACUGCUGUGGAGCUGCUCUGCCGAGCUCAGCCCACCCUGGGCAGCAUUGCUGCACUGGGAACCCACUACUGGGGACACCAGCAUCACCCUCCGGGGCUCCAGCCCUACCCAUUCCCAUCCAGCUAAUGCUUCCAUCUGGACUUCCUUGGACUGUGAGCCUGGUCCUGAGCAGUGGUUUCUGAUCUCAUCCCUGGCCUGGCUGCACAAUGCCCGACCCACAGCACCUCUGCUCUGCUCCUGCUUCCUUCCCAUGUCCUCAGAGGAGAAAGGCUGGCCCGGGCUGAGCCCCGCUGCCUGGGCUGCCCUGCGUGCCUGCCGCUACCUUGGACCCAAGACUCGCUCGCUCUGCCUGUAAAUGCUGCAGCCCUGCCCUGCCCUCACCGGACCCCGAGCUGCCCGGCCUCCCUUCCCAGCACCACGGCUUGGCAUGGGGAUGCCCGAAGGCAGGCGUGGACCCUCACCCUGGUGCUUAUGGCACCGGAGGUGCCGAAGCGCCUCCUCCCUGGCCGGCCGGGUGUGCGGGAGCGGAGCUGGCCCCGAGCUGCUGCUCGCACAGGAAGGGAGGAAGCGAUGAGCACACUUCCAGCAGCAUCCCCAGCUGGGAGCCAGCGAGGGAAGAAGGAGCCUUUGUGUUCCUCCUGCCCUCCCUGCCCUUCGGCUCUGCCAGCGGGGGAAAAACACAACCUCUGCUUCACCCGUCCCCGCCAGAUCAAGAUGAGCGAGGCGGCCUAAUGCAGAGCAGCUGGGCCGCGCUCCCCGGCUCCCACGAGCAUCACUCCGGCCCCGACCACCAACACACAGGAACUGCCGGUCGGCGGCUGCGGCCGCCAGCUCCCCCCACCAUGUGCGGGGGCUCCCUGGGACCGGCCAGGCCGGGGGAGGCGGGUGCUGCCCCCGCUCCUCUGCUUCACCCCAUACCUCUUCCCCUCUGCCAGCACCCCUCGGGGCUCCCCGCUGCUGCCAGAGGACGGGCAGACCCCAGGCUUUGCAGCUUCCAGCCUUGCCUGCUGUGGGAGGGGAUGGGGGGGCUGGCAGGGCGUCCCAGGCUCCCCCUGCCCUCCAGCUUUGCCUUUUGCCGUGGCCGAGCACCCCCAAUCCAGGGCUGUGUGUUUGCUGCGGGGCCGCCUGUGCCCUCUGUGCCUGCUGGAAACACACCAGGGAGAGACAGGGGGAGGCACCAGCCCCCCCAGCCCCUGCUGCAGCGGGUGAAGGGACUUUGGGUUCGUCCCCACCUGGCAAGGGACAAUGCUCACAGGGUC